GGGUAUUGUCUGCGACAGGAUAGGAAAAUUAAAAUACUUUCGUGUUUGAUAUCUUGCAAGGGAGCAAAGAAAAUUUAAAAUGAGUACUUGGAGACUGGCUGGACUUAACUACGUAAACUACUCGAAUAUUGCGGCGAAUGUUUUACGAAAAUCACUGAAAAGUGAAUUCAGAGAAGAGGCGAUAAAGCGGGGUAUACCUGCCGUUAAAUUUUUUUACUGGGAAAAUGGAAAUAUGUUGCCCCAAGGAGAGAUGCUGACAAUGAAAGAUACACAACGAGUGGCGGCGAAAGCCUGACAUGGGCCUGUAAUGGCAACCAAAUAUAUACUCUGUAUUGUAUGACCAGAGAUUAAAAGGACCUAUUGUUUUAAAAAACAUAUUUAGUUUCGAUUUUUUAUUGGUUAGCCACCAUUAACACCUAAAUAUACACAUCAUCACACAUCAUCAGCCUAUUAUUACCCACUGCUGAGGGAAGGCCUCUUCUCUCACGGAGAAGGAUUGAGCAUUCAUCACCAGGCUAGCUCAAGACGGGUUGGCGAUUCCAAUCUUACCUAUAAUUAGAAAUUAUAAGAACAGGUUUCG